UCAACACUUCUGGAUUCAGUAACAGGAGCAGCAGCUACAAUCUGUGGAGAAGACAUCCCUGGUGGAAAAACGACUGACAACGAAGAGAUUAAAGGAAGAAACAAAGACUGUGUUUGAAGUAAAGCUGGAAACAAAGAAAAUCAAACGGAAGAUAAUCUUGACUUUACCAGAACCAAGAAGACAUAAAGAACACAUAAAGUAGUAUCUGGGAGCAUAAUGGUGUCUUUUGGACCGGAGCUGACCGGUAUCUCUCUGUCAGUGCUGGGCUGGGUGCUGAGUGUGAUCAGCUGUUCUCUGCCGAUGUGGGUGCUCUCCAACUCAAGGAGGGAAUGGUGGGGUCUGUGGAUGAGUUGUGAUCCCCAGAGCAUAGGACAGAUACAUUGUUUCGAGCGGUUCCACGAUCAUGAAGUGCAGAUCCUCAGAGCACUCUCUGUCCUUGCCAUCAUCUUGGGAGUGGUGGGAGUUUUCAUAAACAUUGUGAGAGCAAAAUGCACCAACUUCAUUCACAAUGAGAGGGUCAAAGCCAGGUUGGUGGUUUCCUCUGGAGGGAUGUUCAUCACUGCAGCUCUGUUACAACUGGUGCCUGUUUUCUGGAUAGUACUUGACAUCACUUUGUGGUAUCGUGACUCUAGAGAGAAGACCGGGGUGUCUCUGUAUCUGGGUUGGGCUGCCUCUGUCCUGAUGCUUAUUGGAGGGUCCAUUCUCUGCUGCAUCUGCCCUCCAGAAGAAAAACCAAGAAAGUACAACAUACAUGGUCAAAGUUAUGUUGAAUACUCUGUGGCUCCGAAGUCAACGACUCAAAGCUCCAACAUCAAAAUACAUGUGGUGUGAGGUAGGAAGACAAGACCAAAGAGGGAUGAGGAAAAAUUGUGACCUGUUUUUUUUCUCUCUUUCUUUUCUUAUGUUUUAUAAUUAUUUCUACAUUUCAGGGAAAAUGUAUCUAAAUGUAGUUCAGUAAUAAUCAAACCAGUUUAAAUUGAGUCAUUACAACAGUUUAAUGAAAGAGGAAAAAGCCAAACCUGUUGUUGUAGAUAUUUAGGAUCAUGAAUAUGUGUAGAUGCUGGUGACGCUUCUGGAUGAAUUUAUAAACUAUUUGCUGUUUUUUAAAAAUACUGUUUGUUCUGAUGCCAACAGGGACAACGUUUCUCUCAGAGCUCAGUGUCAUUG